AUGGGGCGGACGAACCUUUUCGCGGUUGUUUUUGAUGGCAUGGAUUUCACUACCACGGAGGACGUCACCGGAUUAGGUGACUUAGAUGUACCGAAGAAUAGUCCAUCUUCGGGAGCAAGUGGGCCUACCUCGAGCCCGAAACUGAUCAUUUGGUUCCCUUCCACGAGCGUGGAUCCUGACCGGAAGCGAUCCAUCAUCAUCUCUAUUCUGGAGGAUGCCCGGGUUCUUUUCGCCCCUAUAGGGGUGGCCAGUUACCUACGGUGCCUGGUGACCGAAGAAGAUCAAGCCAAAAUGAACGAGGUCUUGGUGCUUCAUCAUGAAACUUUCCUCAGGUAUCGGGAUGAGUUGAACCAGCUCGAAGCCGAAGUCAGAGGGUUUACUGAGAAGAGAGACACGUACAAACUUCUCAAUGAGCAACAUGAAGAAGAGGCUAAGGGCCUUCGAGCUGAGUUAGAAGCGGCUCGGAAAGAACAUGCCGACCUUGUUGAACAGGUAAAAAUCUUUGAAGUUAGUGACGAUGAGAUAGACACGGUGACUAAUGGUCGGAACCUGCAGGUCCAGCAGAAGAUUGAUCGGAUCGACCAAUUUCGAGCCGAGAUAGAUGCAGUCAAGGUCGAGGCCGAAGAGUGGAGAGGCAGGAUGGACCGCCUGGCCUUAGAAAAGGAGAAUGCCCAGGCACAGUUGGCCUCGGCGGAGGCCCAACUUCAGGCGGCGGAGGAGGAGAAGGAUGAUGCUCGGUCCCAAAGAGUUGAGGAGCUUCAGUCUCAGCUAAGCUCGGUCGUUUUCGAUCGAGAGACAAUUGCCAAAGAGCUUAAAGUGGCCAAGUCGGUGGUUGAAGAGACGAAAGCUGAUGUCGACGAGAUGGUGGCCCAGUAUAAGGCCGAUGGUGAGGCAGCCCAGGCCUUCGAAGAAGUUCAUGCUCGGAGUUUUGAUUUAUCGGCCGAGGACGAAAGUGCUAAGGGGUUCGAAGCCGAGGCCAAGAAACUGGCAUAUCCCAAGGAUGAAGAAGACUCCGAGGGUUCAGACGAAUCCAGGGGAGGAGAAGACUCUGAUGGUGAUGGUGAUGGUGAUGAGGCGGGCUCCAGUGGAGACCAAGCCGUUUACGUUCCUUGCAUAUUUUUCUUUGUUUUU